AUGCCUGAGGAAGAAAGGGUUCCUUCCAUGGCCAUAGCCGGGGGGGAUUCUUCUAUCAGCCUAAAUGAUUCCGAAUCCGAACACGAAACCUCCGAACCCGGACUGCCUUCACCUGAUGGUCAGGAAACCCGUGAACCCACUAGGAAGGAAACGAAGAUCUCAAGUCAGAAAUCGUUGCUUGAAUUUAGGUGCAAAGUUGAAGAUGCAAUUUUGGGCAACUACAUUUAUGGGGGCAUCAGAGGGAAUGCUGCCAGGAAGAAAGAGAAUCUGCAGGAAAUCACCCUGUGGGGAGUUCCCCUGUUACCAAGUAAAGGGCAUCCCGGAACGGACGUUGUCCUGAUGAAAUUCUUGAAAGCUAAGGAUUACAAAGUGCCUGAUGCUUUCUCUCUGCUCUGCAAGAUGAUGAAAUGGAGGAAGGAUUUUAAAGUUGAUGGGAUUCUUAAUGAGAAAAUGUGCCCUGAAUUUGGAAACAUGUGGCGUAUUAAUGGCGCCGACAAGGAAGGCCGCCCCUUGUGUUAUCUUUCUUUCAGGGACCUUCAAAACAAGGAAUUGAAAAGGAAGCUUUUCAGGGCAGAUGGGAAACUGGAAGAGUUCUUAAGAUGGAGGAUCCAGUGUAUCGAAAAGGCGAUCCGGGAACUCGAUUUCGGUCCGGGUGGAGCAACUUGUUUCUUUCAGGUUACGGAUUUUAAGAAUUCCCCAGUGCAGAGCAUGGGGGAGCUUAGAUGGAUCUGCAGAAAAAUGCUAAACUUGUUUCGUGAUAAUUACCCUGGAAUCCUCCACAAGAAUGUUAUUGCGAAUGUUCCACUCUGGAACAUUGCUGUCAACGCUAUAAACCUGAGACAAAUUACAGCAAAGAGUAAAAACAAGCUCAUCUUUGUCAGGUCUGCAAAAGUUACAAAGACUCUCCUCAAGUACGUGAAUCCGGAGAACUUGCUGGCUCAAUUCGGUGGUCUGAAAAGGGAAAAUGACCUCGAGUUUUCGGCACUUGACAAAGUAAUAGAAUCAAAUGUCAGAGCAAAUACAGUUGAUCAAAUAAAGAUUCCAGCUAAUGAGGUGGAGAGGACUGUAACAUGGGAUGUGGCCAUUGUUGGAAAUGAGGUGACUUACCAGGCAGAGUUCAUUCCAUUGGAUGAUUGCUCUUACACUGUGUUGCUUGAAAAGGAGAAGAGGAUUGGGAAAGCAGUGAGGAAUUCGUUUUACAUCAGAGAACCAGGGAACAUAGUGAUUACGAUCGGGAACGGAACAUUCAAGAGGAGGAAAGUGUUUUAUAGGUAUAGUAGUAAGCCCUAUGUGCCUGUGUACAUGAUCACCAAAUGA